AUGCCGGUGUGCUGUUGUGCCGCGAGCCAUGCGUUGGACGGGUGUGGAUGGGAGUGCAAGCCGGGGGACGUCUGUGGGGAGCCGUUGGACCGGUGUGGACGGGAGUUCGAGCCGGGGGACGUCUGUGGGGAGCCGUUGGGCCGGUGUGGAUGGGAGUGCGAACUGGGGGACGUCUGUGGGGAGGCGUUGGAUCGGUGUGGAUGGGAGUGCAAGCUGGGGGACGUCAGCGGGGAGGGGGCCGAUCGCCGUCCGUCUUGGCUGUCGCAACGGCUUAAUCUGGGGCCGUCGGAAGGGGCUUGGCCGCCUCUGCAGGUGCAGUGUGGGCAAGGCAGCUGUGUGGAGAGAGGUGCAGGUGAGGGUGCAAUGGGCUUCAAUGGCUCGAGGCUGAUCGGAUCCCGCAACACCGGCCUGGCCAGCCUGCAUGGCAACUGCUCGACAUGGACCAUGCGUGAUCGCGGGACCAGCUCCUUCCGUGGAACGCUGCCUGGCACGACCUUCAGCCUAACAGUAACACAUGUCGGACCUGUCGGACCUAUCCUGGGAGUCCGAGUCCUAGCAGUGCUUUCAGAGCGCUGGGCAGGUGGCUCCAGCCUCGUAAAGCUGGGAGCCAGUGGACUGGGCUGUCCUGGUAUCGCCCGCCUUGCCUCCAGGGGACCUGGCAAAUCCGGGAGGCCAACCUGGUGGCGGCUGUGGCACGAGCUCCACGCGCGGCUGGCUGCGCGGACCCCAAACAGCAUUCGCUCGACUGCCUGGGCGAGCCGCAGGGUGGCAGAUCCGGCAGGAAAGCUGUUGACUCUGGAACCAACCACAUCCUCGGAGAAACCGGUGAAGCACCCUGGAAGUGAACAAGAACAACCAGCGGAGCACGUGGUGAUCUGCAAGGUCCCAGCCGUGCAAACACGGGGGCAUCCUGACUCCUUCGAGCUCUCCUCUUCUGGAGCAACUGUGGCUCCCGCGGUAGAAAACGUGGCUGUCGCUGUGCUGUGGGUGUUGCUCGUGCUCGAUGACGAAAUGCUGCUUGAGGUCGUCGUGUGGGAUGUGCUAAAUGUCAAGGUAGAGGUUGUGCUCCUGGUGGUGCUGGAACUUUGGCUGCUGGAACUGCUACUUGAUGAACUCGAGGUCGUUGAACUGGAAGUAGAUGACAUGCUCGUGCUGGAUGUUCCUGUUCUCGAUGUUGUAGCUGUCUUGCUCCUGCUGCUGGAGCUGCUGCUGGUUCGUGAGAUACUGCUGGAAGUAGAAGUUUGGCUGCUUGACGUGGAAGUCAAGCUUGAGGUGUGUGUCGUCGACGUCGUGGUGACGGAAAACGACCAGAGGUCCCCGCAGACACUUCCAUUGUAUCCGCCGUGA